UUAUUAUGAAUGAAUCACGUGGUACGAAAAUGUGUCUGGUAAUAUUUAUCAAAAAGUAAAUCACGCGGCACUUGUUGAACAAUUCAAUUACUUUUAUAUAUUUGAUAACAAUUUAUUUAAAAACAAGAUGGAAAAAGAAUUGAAAGAACUUGCAGUAUUACUUUUUGAUGUUGAUGCCGUUAAAUUUGGUGACUUUGUUACUAAAGUUGGGCUCCGAACACCGGUUUAUAUUGAUUUGAGGGUUAUUAUUUCCUAUCCCAAGCUCCUGAACCGAAUUUCAAGUAUUCUAUGGAAGCUGGCUGAUGACGCAGAAAAAAUUGACCAAGUUUGCGGUGUUCCUUACACAGCAUUACCCAUAGCAAGUUUGAUUUCAGUCGUGUCCAACAUCCCGAUGCUGAUAAGAAGGAAAGAAGCUAAAGCUUACGGUACGAAGAAAUUGAUCGAAGGGAAGUUUAAGGCUGGAGACAAAUGCGUUAUCAUUGAAGACGUCGUGACGAGUGGGAGCAGUAUCCUGGAGACGGUGAAAGACUUGAAGCAAGAAGGGCUAGAUGUCACAGAAGCUCUGGUAAUUAUGGACAGAGAGCAAGGCGGGAAAAAAAAUAUUGAAAAAAGUGGAAUUAAAAUGAAGAGUUUGUAUACUAUGACUAAACUCAUGGAAUAUCUUCGUGAAGCAGAUAAAGUUAGUCAGGAAACUGUUGACGGUGUUUUGGAGUACUUGGGUAAAUGUCUGGCACCUGUAAAGACUUUGGACAAAGAUUCAAACGAUCGACUAAAAAUGGACUUUUUGUCACGAUCAAAGCUGGCAAAAAAUAAAAUGGCAGCUAAACUCCUUCAGCUGAUGGAUAUGAAAGAGACAACGCUGUGUUUAGCUGCUGAUUUAACUAAAGCUGAUGAUAUUUUAGAACUAGCAGAUCUUGCUGGUCCUCACAUUGCUGUAUUAAAAAUUCAUGUUGAUAUUAUUGAAGACUUCAGCAAGGACUUUAUAAAAAAUCUUAAAAACUUGUCGGAAAAACAUAAAUUUUUGAUAAUGGAAGAUCGUAAAUUUGGUGAUAUUGGCAAUACAGUUUCUUCCCAGUAUUCAAAAGGCAUUUACCGAAUUUCUGAGUGGGCGGAUUUGGUAACCGCUCACCCAGUAGCCGGUCCAGGGAUCCUAGAUGGACUCAAAGAGGCUUUAAAAAAUAUUUCUGAUGACAGAGGAGUUUUCUUGAUCACCGAGAUGUCUUCCAAGGGCACACUGACCACCGGAAAUUACGUGCAGCAGUCUUUAGCCAUGGCAGAAUCAUGUGAGCUCGUUGUAGGACACGUGUGUCAGUCAAAAAUUUUUUCAAAUCCCGAAUUAAUUCAACUUACGCCUGGUGUGAAACUUGCCAAGGCUUCUGAUGACCUGGGACAGCAAUACAAUACUCCGGAAGCUGUUGUAAAUUCAGGCGCAGACUUGGCAGUAGUCGGUCGUGGAAUCACAGAAGCUGGAGAUAAACUUCGUCAGGUUAUCAACUACAAAAACCAACUUUGGUCUGCGUACAAAAAUAGAAUUGCUCAGUAAUAAAAUCCAAAUGAUCAACAUUAAAAAAUAACCAUUUAUUUUUUACUUAAAAAUUAAUAGAUAAAAAAUAUAAUUAAAUUCUAA